ACGCUAUGUACACAUGGCAUGAUCUCGUGAACUCUAAUCUCCCACUCACUCACUGCUGCUUUCUCUUCUUCUCUGAAUCAUCACACAGAGAAGGAAAGUUAGGGUUCUCUCGGUUCCAGCUAAGAUUGCAGAACAUAAAUGGAGGAGCUUGAGGAAGAUCGGUUAUCAAGUCUGCCAAAAAUAGUUCUUCAUCGUAUUCUAUCAAGGUUGCCAGAGGAAGAUGCUGCUAGGACAAGUGCUUUGUCCAAGGCUUGGUUAGACACAUGGUAUACUUUUCCCAUUUUGUCUUUCACUGCUAGUAAAUUCAUGGAAAUGUCUCCGGAACAACCAAUGGAAUAUAUACGUAUGGAAGAGAGUGAAAGGAUGAGAAAGACCUUAGGAUUUUGUAAUUAUGUGAAAAGGAGUAUCCUAAGGUUUCGUGACCAAAACUUGGCCAUCAAAGAAUUUAAGCUCAAAAUGAACAGUUCCAACCUUCGUCGCAUUUCAAAGGAUGUUGAUAUUUGGUUGAAAUUGGCUUGUGAAUGUGGUGUUGAGGUAAUAGAGUAUAACCAAAUGGUAUCAGUAGGUUACAUAGGUCCGCGCCGAUACCAUGUCUUGCCAAUUUGUGUCAUUGAAGCCAAAUCAAUUACGAAGUUGGUGUUAAAGGGGUAUAUAAAGAUUGAUCCAACAUUCAUGAAUCAUUCAAUCAAGUUUACCUCAUUGAGGGUAUUGUCACUGCUGGAUGUACUUUUGGGAGAUCAACAUGCAAUUAACCACCUCAUUUCUUUUUGUCCACUGAUAGAAUCGAUAACUUUGAGCUGUUGUGUGAUUGGAUCUGGUGAUGGCACAAAGGAGAAGUUGAAGUCUUUGAGCAUCAGUGGUCUACAAAAGCUCAAGAGUGUUGAAGCUAUAGGAAUACAAGAUGUUUCUUUUAAUGCCCCGAGUCUUGAAACUUUAUGUUAUUCUCCUAUUUAUUUUUACGCACAAUUAAAGAUUGAUUUUGAUAGCUGCAGAAAUUUGAAAGAGUUAUCCAUGUGGUCUAUAACAAGUACUUUUUUUACAGACAAGUGGUUUCUUGAACAGUUUCCAAAAUUCCCUUUUGUUGAGAGUUUGAAGUUAAGGUAUUGCAAAAUGUCUGAGAGAAUUAAUAUUUCAAGUGUUCGACUUAAGGUGUUGGAGUUAUCACAUUGCUCUAACUUGAAGGAGGUUAAUAUUGAUGCUCCAAAUCUAUUGUCAUGUGAAUAUAGAGGUGAUGGUGCUUCAGAACCUACUAUAUCUUUUUUGAGAAAUUCUAGUCAACUGGAAGUCAAUAUUCAUUUGAAUCUUUGGCAUCUGGAUCUUUGCAACUUGUGGGAGUUCAUGCAAAACAUUAAACCUAACAAUGUUUUGACAUCACUAUCUCUACGCAUCCAUUGUCCGUCAAAUGUGGCUGCAUUGGACACGGUUGCCUUGCAGAUUUCAUCCCUUCCACCAAGCAUCAAACACUUGGAUGUAGACUGUGUUUCUCAGAAUAUAGACUGUGUUUCUGAGAAUAAACAUUGGUUCUUGUCUGUUGUAAACAUCUUACUUUCAUGCUGCUGUCCUGCAAAUAUUUCUUUUAGUGUCCAUUCGCACAGUAAAGAAUUCAUUGAGUUGUUCUAUGAGACUUUAAUGAGAAGAAAAGAGGAUGAAUGCUUUUGCACUUCUGAUAAUACUACGUGUUGGUGGCAUGGCUUGAAGGAUCUGAAAGUCACAAGCUCUAUGGAGAUGAAUAGAGAUGUUUUCAGCUUAUGCAUUUCAAGAAAUUAUUAACUUUAGGCUAGAUUUUUAAUGCUGUUGAUCAAUAUUCAAUAGAUAAACAUGCUUACUUAGAAGUUUGAUAUUGCAUGUAUUACUAUCAUUUGGCUCUAGCUCCUAUGUAUAUUGUUCUAAGACUUAUAUCAAAAAUAUUAUGUAAGUUCAAUCUCGUUCUAUAGUUGUCACCGGUAGGUCUAAUUUGUACUACAACCUGUUUUAAAUUUUAAGAGCAAUUAUAUAAAGAAGUUAUCUUA